AUGGGAGUCCCUGCAUUUUGGGACCUUAUCAAAAGUGAUGAGUCUCUUAGAAGGCUGCCCUUAAAACAGUUUGUUGUUGAAUUUAGGAACAACUUCAAUAGGCCGCUUCGUCUUGCAAUUGAUGCCUUUACCUGGCUGUUUGAAAGCGGCUUUAUCAGUAAUGACUGCGAGCGCCUUUCAGAGAAGGGUUACAGGACUGAUGCACAGUCAACACUAAUACUACUGAAUCGACUGAAAUGCUUGCUAUCCCUUGACGUGACGUUUGUGCUAGUCUUCGAUGGGCCGAUGAAGCCUUCAUUCAAAAACAAGUUUUCAUCCAAGACGUUAAGCAACGACCAUUGCGAGCUGGCCUCUGAUGACGAAGAAUACGUUUCAAUAUACAACGAACAUCGCAAGCAACAUGAGAUCCACGGUACCUGUACCACUACACUGGUGUCAGAAGAAUUGGGCGGCUUGAGCUUUGUGAAGAGACUAUUGAAAACAAUGAACAUUUCCUUUAUAGAAACGUGCGGUGAAGGCGAAGCAGAAUGCGCUAGAUUGCAAAGAGAAGGCCUUGUGGACUACGUUCUUUCAAACGACUCUGACACAUUAGUUUUCGGGGCUACGAGGGUCUUACGCAACUUUUCGCGGUUCUGGGAAGACGUUCCAGCUACUUAUACGGGACCUUUGAAGAAGAAGGACCACAAAGAAAUGUUUAUCACGGUUGUGGAUAUGCAGCAGAUCAGGAACUGGAACCGGAGCUCCCUUGUUUUGUAUUGUACAUUACUGGGUGCUGACUACAACCAGGGCAUUAGGGGACUAGGUUCUAAAAAAGCAGCGAAGCUAGCCCAGCUUACAACGCCAAAUUUCGCUGAGACUUUCAAAGACAUAUUCGAGGAUCACUCUCAGCCGUCAGAACUUAGGCGAAAACGUUACCUGGAAUUCCAAAAAGCAUUAUUUGAACACUGCUUCAUCCAUAGUAAAGAGCUUUUCGGCCGGAACUACUUUUCGUCUAAUAGUGCUGGCUUUCAAGGUUGGCCGUCUGAUGUUGCAAUAAUGCACUAUUUCCACCCCAUUUUAUCCCCGCGUGUCAAUAGAGAAAGCCUGGGUGUGCAUUAUAUCAAUGUGAGUGGAAACUCUAAUUUCAUGAAAGGCGAUGUUGCUGAUCUUAUGAAUUUGCUAGAAGAGUUAGAGUUCAAAGGGAUAACGGACUUUGGAAGAUGGUUUCACGAAAUGGUCCAUUCGACCUUCCUGCUCAAGGAGAUUCUCUACGGCAACCGAACGCGCGAAGAACUGACACGGCUUGUCAAAAUAACUGAAGAAUGGUGUGCGGGCAUUUGUCAGAAUAAGUUUCGAGUUCCCUGCUGGCGAAUACGUUAUAAUUCGUUUCUAACAACUGGAAAUGAGGCUAGCCCGCAGGACACAGAGGACUCCAUCGUUGCUCAUUCAAGCCCAAACAAAAGGAGUGGGAGCCCGAGUAAAAAACAAUCAGAGAAGGCUUCUCACAAGUUUAUGACAUCUAUUCCUAAAGGCCUGAUUCCAGAGAACAACUCUUUAGUUAAAAACUAUCACCUGGAAAAACGCACAGCUUCCGAAGGUGAUAAGCGCCCAAGACGCGGGUCGCCGCGGAAAGUAGCAAACCAAAAGAGUAACUUAGAUGGGUUUCUGAAGAAAUAUGGAACUCCAAGAAAGCACGAUUCCCCUAAAGCGCUACAUGAAAAACUUGAACCGGAAACUGAGCCUAUGAAUACCAAGAGAAAGCUGUUUGUAGAAGAAGACCUCGAUAAUCCUGAGCCUGGAAAUUCCAGCUCCCUGAUACUUGUAUCAGAGAGAGAGUGCAACCACGAUAUAUUGCACACUUCCCCGAAGCGGGCACUAGAUCUUUUUAUUGCUACUAGUGAAGAAGAGGAUCUCGAAGCCAGCGCGGGAUCAGAAGAAUCACCAUUGAAGAAAUUAAAGAAAAACGCUGCUACCGCCGAGUCACAGCUACCUACCCCAAGAAAACUACUUCCUGACAAUUUCGUGGACUUGACCAUAGAGAGUGGCUAA